AUGAUUCCCCUCCGCACAAUCCAAGCCUCUAACCGGCUGAUCGCCAGCGAUCCUCCCGUCUUCCGUAACCCCAUCGCCCUCUUCGUCGGCGCCACGAGCGGCAUCGGAGAAGCCACCGUCAAACAAUUCGCGCAGCACACCCUCGCCCUCCGUCCGCGGGUAUACCUCCUCGGCCGUAAUUCUGAUGCAGGCCACCGCAUCGUCCAGGAUUGCCAGGCCCUCAACCCGACCGGGGAGUUCCACUUUCUCCCAGUAGACGUCAGCCUCCUGUCCGCGGUAGACGAGAUAUCCGCCAUGCUGCUGAAGAAAGAACCCUACCUGAACCUUUUGUUCCUGAGUACCGGUACCGCUGCGGGGAAGACUGAAACCCGCGAGAAUCUUCGCACCCUAACCUCCCUCCUCUACUACUCCCGCCUCCGCUUCACCAUCAACCUACUCCCCCUCCUCCAAUCCACCCCACCGGGACACCUCCGCCGCGUCAUCUCCGUCCUCUCCGGGGGAUACGAGGGUCCCAUCGUGGAUGUCGCUGACCUCGACGGCCGGAGACUCUCGAUGCGGGAGUUCCGAGGACAGGUCUCCUCGGCUACGACGCUGGCAAUGGAGACCCUGGCCGAGCAAGCGCCCACCGUCUCCUUCAUCAACCAGUACCCCGGAACGGUGCGAUCGGGCCUCUUUCGCGACGCCGAUAGUUGGUACGGGUGGGUGGUUUGGGCGGUGCUCUUGGUGAUUGGAUGGUUGGUGUAUCUGCCGACGCGGGAGGUGGCGGAGAGGCAUGUGUUUCUGGCGACGAGCGCGCGAUUCCAGGCCAGAGAGAGGGCAGAGAAACAGAGGGUGCUUGUUGAGGGGGUGGAAGUUGCGAGGGGGACGGAUGGGAGAGUUGGGUCUGGGGUGUAUUCGGUGUGGUGGGAUGGGGAAACUUCGGGGGAGGAAGUGAUGGAGAUUCUGAGGGGCUUGAGAAGGGAGGGGAUGAGGGAGGCGGUUUGGAGGGUGACGGAGAGCGUGUUUGUUAGGGUUACGGGGAAGGUGAGGGUGGAGGUGUGA